AUGUCGUCGCCCUUAAUACUUCUCCCCGGUGAUGAGGUGCCAUCAGAAUACCUCCCCAACAGUUCCGCGCCGCUACGACUAGGCCCAGGCCUACGACUCCUCUCACAACCGCCAGCGACCAAACCUUCAAAACACGUCUUGACAGCUACACAAGCCGGGAUUCUCUCUACAGAUAACAAGCGCAAUGCCGUGUCCAUACUAUCUACGUCCAACCGCCGCUACGUCCCGACCUCCAAUGAUCUUAUCAUCGCGCAAGUGCACCACUCAAGCGCCGACUACUUCCACUGCAUGAUUACACCACAGUCCCCUCACGCACUCCUCGGACAAUUAUCCUUCGAAGGCGCGACGAAGAAAACACGGCCGCAGUUGAAAGGCGGAGAUCUUGUCUACGCGCGCGUGCUCUCGACGGGUCUGGGGCCAGGUGCCGAAAUCGAACUCACAUGCGUCAACCCUGCGACUGGGAAGGCGGAGCCUGGGGGUCUAGGCCCUUUGAAUGGAGGCAUGGUGUUUGAUAUUUCGACUGGUAUGGCGGCUAGGCUGAUUAGGGCAAGCUCAUCUUCGUCGGAUCAGCAGGAGGGGGUUGCGGGCUUGGUUGUGUUGGAUGAGCUGGGCAAGAAGCUCGAGAAGGCUGGAGGGUUUGAGAUUGCGGUUGGAAGGAAUGGCAAGGUUUGGGUGGACUGCUCGAACAGUGAGGAUGAUGCUGUUAGAGCGACUGUAGCGAUUGGGCGGUGCAUCACGACCAUUGACGAGCAUAACCUCAAUCCCACCGAUCAACGGAAAUUGGUGACGAGGAUAUUACGGGAAAUGAAAAUAGAGUCAUGA